GAGAUCACCAAUGGCGCGACGGUAGAAGAUGUUGAAGCAAAAGGUGACGCUGAGGGGUGGGAGACGGACGAGAGUGAGGGUGCAGAAAACGACGCGGAGGUUGGCGCAAUGUCAGAUGAGUCUGAGUCCGACUCCGAGAUUGAAAAUGAUCCUGCAGACAACGAUGAGGACGAAGCAGAAGAGCAGGACGAGGAUGAAGAAGACAUUGCACUUUCUGAUCUCGAGUCGCUUGCUUCAGAAGACAAGGAAGACGUGGUUCCACAUCAGCGUCUUACAAUUAACAACACGGCCGCACUCGCACGAUCGCUAAAGUCAUUCGCACUCCCCGCUAGCCUACCCUUCUCGGCUGUCCAAGCAAUCACCUCUGAAGAUCCUGUCGAUAUUCCAGACGUCGAAGAUGACCUGAACCGCGAAUUAGCAUUUUACAGACAAUCGCUCAACGCAGUCACGGAAGCGCGCGUGAAGCUGAAGGCGGAAGGCGUUUCGUUCAGCAGGCCGACAGAUUACUUUGCCGAAAUGGUGAAGAGUGAAGAGCAGAUGGGCAAAGUUCGGGCGAAGUUGCUCGAUGAGACGGCAAGGAAGAGGGCCAGCUCCGACGCAAGAAGGCAGAGAGAUCUCAAGAAAUUUGGUAAACAGGUUCAGGUAGCCAAAUUGCAGGAGCGACAGAAGGAGAAGACGGCGACACUGGAUCGUAUUCAAACGUUGAAGAGGAAACGUCAAGGCGCAGACCUCGCAACCAAUGAAACAGAUCCAUUUGACGUCGCGCUCGAAGACGCUGCCACCACCGCAGCAAAGGACAAGGCUGAUCGAAGAGCCAAGGGGGAUGGUGCGAGAAAGAGGCAAAAGAAGGACGAGAAGUUUGGAUUUGGAGGCAAAAAGAGAUUCGGGAAGAGCAAUGAUGCCAAGUCAGCUGCAGAUGACAGUGGGUACUCUGUGCGCAAGAUGAAGAGCGGUGGAAAGGGCAAGCCACGGCCUGGGAAAAGUAAGCGCUCAAGGGCUUAGUAGUAGUGCAGAGUUUUGCACUGUUGAUCAGUAAGUGCUGCUGCUGCUGCUGCUUGUACGGGAUUAGCGUGGCGUUCUUUCACAUGUGUCAAAAUGAUUUACCUACCUAGGUAUGCUUGUGUAAUCGGUAGCCAUGAUGUUUGGCAUUUUGAC